CACUGUCAAAAAGUCAAAACUCAAAAUAGUAUCACAACAUGAAAAUAACCUAAAAAUUACCAAAGAUGCGACUAAUAAAUCUAUUUAAGUCGUUAAAACUGACUUCACAAGUGCAAAUAAUACGUUUCAGUUCGGAGUACGUGCCGAAACCCCUUCGUAGCUUGAAGGCGAAGUCUACGAGGAACACCGUUCAGUAUUACGUAGACUCGCAAAGAGUACGAGCGGUCGGGGGCUCGGGCGGCGACGGAUGUAUUUCUUUUUUAAGUGUCUGGUGCAAAGACCAUGCAGGUCCUGACGGCGGAGAUGGCGGGAACGGCGGCCAUGUUAUUUUUCAGGCGACACAAUCCUGCAAGAGUUUGAACCACUGUAAGACUGUGAUACAAGCACAGCACGGAGAGAAAGGCUACAACAAAGACUGCAAUGGAAAGAAUGCGCAACAUGCUAUAGUUCCCGUGCCUAUUGGUACAAUAAUACGUAACGAGGCGGGCGAGGUGGUGGGCGACCUGAGCACGGAGGGCGUCAUGUUCGUGGCGGCGCGGGGCGGCGCCGGCGGGAGGGGGAACCACUUCUUCCUGACUGACACGGAACAGGCACCGAGUGUAGCAGAGUUGGGCGCAGUGGGUGAGACCGAAGUGUACUCGCUGGAGGUCAGGUCCAUGGCACAUGUGGGACUCAUCGGGUUCCCUAACGCAGGCAAAAGCACGUUGCUAAGAGCCCUCACGAGAGCCAGACCAACCGUAGCGCCGUACCCAUUCACUACUUUAAGACCGCAUAUAGGUAUGGUGCUCUACGAUGACUAUGAACAAGUAGCGAUUGCGGACCUCCCCGGUUUGAUUCCCGGGUCGCACAAAAACCGCGGUUUAGGAAUACAAUUUCUACAGCACGCUGAAAGAUGUAAAGGUCUAAUCUACCUUCUAGACUCAACGCAAGACCCAAUGAAACAAUAUAAAAACUUAUCUUACGAAUUAAAACAAUACAAUGCUAACUUUAGUCAAAGACAAUCAUGUGUAGUACUGAAUAAAAUUGACACGGAGGAGGGUAGGCGCACAUUUGAGGAAGUUCGACAGAAGAUAGAGUGCAUAGGGAUAUCAGCUAAGACUGGGAAGAAUCUGCAAGAGUUGUUAAUGAGGGUUAGAAAGAUGUACGAUGGAGAUCAUGAUGAGGAUAGUUAGUUAUUUCCUACUUUAGAUCCACAAUUAUCCAAGCCUUUUCUCAACUAUGUUGGGGUCGGCUUCCAGUCUAACCGGACCUAAGUACUAGUGUUUUACAAGGAGCGAC